UAGUUUUUAAAGCGGCGGCGCUCCCAUCUUUUAGGGUUUAUCAGGUAUGUCGCAGGACGCAUCGCGAGUGAUCCGAUCGUUCCGCCCUUCGGGGCCUAUGUUCCCGAUGAAGGCCGUGCCCGCCGUGCUGGGCUCCUUCGUCUUUGCCUACGUUUGCCAGGAUCUCAUCUCCAAUCGCAAGAUCUUUGGAGGCACCACUCCGCGCACCAUGACGCCCGAGUGGAUCGCCGAGACGGAGAGGAGGUACGAUGAGGGCUGGCCGCGCACGGCGUCGGAGAAUCCAGUAGUGAUGAACCCUAUUUCUCGAAGGAACUGGCGCAAGGUGGAGUAAAACGAAGAGAGAGCUCGAGAAAUAAACAAUGUAGCGCAGGUGCUUAAGCUCUUAAGACGAGGUUUUUUUUUGCUUUGUGUUAAUCUAAUCCGAUAACGUAAAUUCGUGGUCGAGAAGUGGAA